AUGACCGCGACGCGUUGGUGCUGCGUCGCGGUUUUUAAAAUUUUUUUCUUUGAUCAUUUCUUCCGAUUUUUUUAGCUUCUAGUAGAAGAUUUAGAUAGAAAAAAACUGAGUAAAAUCGAGAUUUUUUUCAAAAUUUAUCUUUUUCUCAAAAACCGCGACGCGAAGCUUUUUGCGUUGAGGUUUUGAGGUUUUUAGCUUUUUCUUGAUUUUUUUAUUUUUUUCAGUGGGAUUAGAUGACUCGGAUCAGUAUUAAUCACUUCAUAACUUAAAUUUUUGUUAAGAAAUGAAAAAAAAAAUGUUAUGAUAAAUUUUCUGUAGGACAAGGGUCGAUUUUUGAGCUUUUCUUUGCCAAAAAUGUGUACUUGGGUUGAUUUUCUUAUCAUUUUUGAUGUUUUUUUUUGCUGAAAUCUGUGUUUUUCUCUCAUUUUCUAGAAGCGUUCAAGAAAUUCCCCACAUAAAAUUCCACUAAAAUCGCUUCCCAAACAGAUUCCACCCCAUAAAACAGCGCUUAUCAGCAGCUUGAUUAUCAUUUGACACUUUUAUGGUUUGACUCGAUUAUCAAAUGAUUAUCGAUUGAUUCGGCCCUGCUGGUUUUCGACGACCAAAAUAGUCACUGAAGUCGAUAAGAAGGGAGGAAAAGUGAUAAGACGAGGAAAAUGUGACAGAAAUCGCCCACUUUCGGACAUUGAACUAUACGAUUUCUUGUUGUUUUCUUGAUUUUUCUUGGAUUUUUUUGGUUUUUGAAGUUUUCUGACAUGUUAGAUGGCUUUUGACGAAGUUCGAAGAUCAGAAAAUCUUCAAAAAAUCGAAAAAAUCAAGAAAAUUGACAAGAAAAACGCCUUUUUCCGAUUUUAUUUUUUUCCAAGUCUUUUUUUAUCUGUUCAUGUAUAUAUUUUUCAAGUGUUUCAACGAUUCUUAACGAAUUUUUUUAUAAUUUUUCCAAGAUCCUACUGAAGAAAAAAAGGUGGGAAAACUCAAAUAAACGAAAAAAAAUUCAACGAAAAAACGUUUCGUUUGAAAUUUUAAUGGAAGGGUUUCUGUACUUUUUCACUUUUUCGGAAAUUUUUUCGAUGAGAAAUUUUGGAUUUUGAAGCUCUAAAUAUCGAGAGAAGACUGGAAAAUAUAGAAAAAAAUUAAUAAAAUUGAAUAAAAAAAUAAAGGGAAAGGUUCUGUCUUUUUCAAUGGUUUUUUUAAUGAAUUUGUAAUGGAUUUUUAAAUUUUUCAUAAUUUAUCAUUUUUUUAUGAUAAAGUAGAGUAGAAUAUAAUGGUUUAGCAAUGUCAAAAAAAUUUCAAAAUUCGAAAAUUAAAAAAAUUUGGAAAAAAAUGAAUGGGAAAAUUGAGUUUUUAGUCAUACGAAUUAUGCUAAAUUCGAAGCUCAUUUGGGAAAAAAAUUUGAAAAUCGGCUUUUUUGGCGCCAAAAAGAUGUGCAGGUUUCCACAUUUGACUCUUCGUAAUGAAAAAAAUCAAAACUUUCUAAAAAAACGAAAAACAAUCACCUUGUGAAAAUCUAAUGUGUGGGCGGGUUCAUAAAACACACUAUUUUUAUAAUUUUCCACCUCCAAAACUUUCAUUUUUACGCCCCCUUUCUCCACCUGCCUCGUAGAAAAAGACCAGGUGGAAAUUUUUUCCAAAACAUUUUUCAUUUAAAAGAAAAUUGUUUCGGGGCCCAUAUUAUGUUUCCACACCCCUUUUUUCCUCUUCUGAUGAUUCCUUCGAAGACAAUUUUUGUUUUGCUCCUUUUCUUUGUCCAUUUUCGUCUUCUUUUAUCGUCUUUUUGAGAAAAAAUGGGAAUAAUACGGUGUGGGAGUGAAAGAAAAGGGAGAAAAAAAGUGGUUUUUUGAUGGUCUUUUCGGUGGGUUUUUUGAACUUUUGAGGUUUUUUGAGAUCACUUAAGUGGCCUUUUAAAAUAAUAUACCAUGUUUUCAUGCCCAAAAUGAUGGGGAGGGAUCCCGUUUUGCCCUGAAGCCCUUAAGAGAUCACUAGGGAAGCUACUUCUACUUAUAAACCCCUAAAGGGGCCACUAAGCGUUCUCUUUUUGCCUUCAGGCCCCUAAAAGGAUCACUAGGAGUACUCCUUAUUUCAUUGUAGUCCCUAAAGUGAUCACUGGAAAUGACAUUUUCCCCUUGAACGCCUGAAAUGAUCACUAGGAGCGCUCUUCCUGCCUUGAAACCACUAAAGUGGCAACUGGGAGGGCUCUUUCUUACUUGAAUCCCCUAAAGUGAUCACUAGGAGCGCUCUUCCUGCCUUGAAAACCCUAAAAGGACCACUAGGUGCGCUCUUUUUGCCUUGAAACCCCUGAAGUGAUCAUUUAGAGAGCUUCUUUUGCUUUGAAACCCCAAAAAUGAUCACUAGGCGUCCUCUUUUUGCCAAGAAAUCCCUAGAAUGAUCACUAGGAGCGCUCUUUUAGCCUUGAAACCACUAAAGUGAUCACUAGGAGGGUUAUUUCUACUUUGAAGCCCCUAAAGUGAUCACUAGGUGUCCUCCUUCAUCGUUGAAACCUCUUAAGAGAUCACUAGGAGUGCUCUUGUUCCCUUGAAACCCCUUAAGAGAUCACUAGGAGCGCUCCCUUUUGCCUUGAAACCCCUAAAGUGGUAACUAGGGUUUCUAUUUUCAUCGUGAGAUCACUAAAGAGAUCACUAGACGGUCCCGGCUUUUCCUUGAAAUCCCUAAAGUGAUCUCUUUCUGACUUGGACCCCUAAAAUGAUCACUAGGAGUAUUUUUUUUCCUCAAUUUUCUCCAAAGCUUUGAUAUUUUUUCUUUCAAGUCUUCAAAUUUUGCUGAGUUAGCCAUAGAGCGCACAAGCCUCGAUCUGUGGCGGCUAUUUUUUCUCAACCGUUUUCUGAAUUUUUUUUUCGUUUUUGAUAUUUUUCUUUAAAGUCUUCAGAUUUGGCUCGAUUAGCCAUAGAGCGCAAAAGCUUCAAUCUGUGACGGCUAUUUUUUCUCAACCGUUUUCUGAUUUUUUUUUUGUGCGCCGCGGCUAUUUUUCCACUUUCUAGCCUGAAUUUUGUUCUCUCGUGAUCCACAUUUUUUUUUUUUUGAUAGAUUUCUUAAAAAGUAUUUUUUUUUUCUAGAAAGACCAAGGGGUACCAACGUCGUCGUCUUCGCCUCGGAUAGAAGAAAAACCGAAAAAGAAAAAAAAACCGACGACCACUUUUCUACAUCGUCGUUUCCUUGUGAGAAAUUCGAUCUUUCCUUCGUCUUGAAAAGGAAAAUUUCCUUGAAAAUGCGGCUCUUCUCGUCUUUUUUCCCCCGAGCCCUCUUGGGAUCGUUUAUGGGUUGUUGAUUGUCCAAGUUUUUUUUUAAGCGGUUGAUUUUUUGGAAUUUCAGGCCAUAGUCCAUUUAGAGCUGUCUUGGAAAAGAUAUUUAAAUGAGGCGGUUUUUUUGAAAAUACGACAUUUUUUCUACUUCUAGCUCAUUAGUUACAAGAUUUCUGUUAAAUUUUCAUUUUGAGCGGUUUUUAUUCGGUAUUUUGAGUGAUAGUACAUUUAUAGCUGUCUUGAAAAAAAUAUUGAGAAAAAAAUGCAUUUUUUCAAUUUUAAGUUCAUUAAUUAGUCAGUUAUGAAUGGAUUUUUUUUUUUGAAAUUCUUUGAGAUUUUUCAAGAUGUAGUCCAUUUAGAGCUGUCUUGAAAUGAUUUGAAGGGUGAUUUUUGGAAAUUAUGAUUCAUUUUUUUCACUUUUCUGUUCAAUAAUUAAUUGAUUUUCUAUUUAAAACGGCUUAUUUUGGGAUAUUUUUAAUUAUAGUCCGUUUAAAACUGCCUUCGAAAAAAAAAAAGAUGAAAAUUUUUUGAAAAGGAGGAUUUUUGGUCACUUUAAGUGUAUAAUAAUCUUAUUUUUUGGGAUCCUUGAUUUUUUUUCAUAGUUUAUCUAGUGCUGAAAACUGUCCUAAAGGAUUUUUUUUUGAGCUAGAGAGCGUAGAACUUGCAGAGAGGUCAGAGAAAUAGAAAUGCUCUCUUUCUCUGGCGUCUAUUCAAACGCUUCGCUCUUUAGCUUCGAAGAAAAUUUUUUUUUUUGUAAAUUAAAGGGCAUCUUCAGAAGUUUCUCUCAAAAGCUAGAGAAAUUGAAACUAAGAGAGAGCACAGAGAAAUGAGAAAAUCCCUGCUUCUCUGAGGCCUCUUCGAAAAUUGUGAACUAUAAAAGAAGUUUUUCAUGAAGGUAACGCAAUAUGGUCUACAGAAUGUUUUUCCACAAAAUUAUCUUUUACUAUAAAUUUAAAACUUCAAAAAGAUAUAUAUUUUCCAUAGAACUAUAUGUAGAAAUGAAAACCACUCCAUCCAUCUUACUAAAUUUUCAAAAAAGACUUCAGAGGCUUAUUUUGAGCUUAUUGUUCAUUUUCACUAUUUUUUGAGUCCGCUUGACUUCUUUUCAACUUCCAAGGGAGCUAGCCAAAAACAAAAAGCCGAGCAAUCAUUAACUAUGAAUGUUCCCAAGAGAAACCAAAAAGGCCGCAUUUUAAAGAAAAUAAAAGUGUUCGUUUUGAGGAUUUUUAGUAGGACAGAUCCAAAUAUUUGCGUUUUUGAGGGAAAUAUUUUAGUCCAUUAACUGUUGCCUACGUUGAAAGCUCUAAAGUCCAGUUUUUUCUUUGAAUCUAGGCAAUUUUUAGAGAUCAUAUUGUUUGAAGAGGCUCCAGAGAAGUAGGGAAUUUUCCGUUUCUCUGGAGCCUCUUGAAGCUCCAUGAUCUCUAGUUUCUAAGAGGAACUGCUGAAGACAUAAUCAAUUUAACGUAAAAAAGGCUGGAAGCUAGAGAUUGAAGAGAUUGAGGAGGGUCCAGAGAAGCAGGGAAUUUUUUGUUUCUCUAGAGUCUCUUGAAGCUCCAUGAUCUUUAGUUUCUAAGAAAAAAUGCUGAAGAGAUCAUCUAUCGACCGUAAAAAGGUCCAUUCUCUACUAGCUAGAGAGUGAAGAGAUUGAGGAGGCUCCAGAGAGACAGAAAAUAUCUUCGUUUCUCUGGAUUCUCUCAAAAUUCCUUUUCUCUAGCUUCUAUGAGUAACUGUUGACGAUGCCAUUCACUAUUCAUUGAAAUCUCUUUCUGAAGGCUAGAGAGUGAAAAGAAUAAAGAGACGCUAAGGAAGCAGAGAAAUUCUGUUUCUCUGUACUCUCUCAAGGUUCUAUGAUCUCUAAACCUUAAGAAAAUGUUUCUCGUAGUUUCUUACAGAUCUAUGUUCUUUAACUCCUUCUUUCUCGGAAGUUAGAGAUAGUAGCCUUUGAAGAGAGUGCAGAGAACCAGAGAACUUGUUUUUCUCUAGCAUCUCUCGAAGCUCCACACUCUCUAGCUUCUGGAUUUUUUUACGUCAUUUUUUUUUUUUGCUCUAAAAGUCUAUAAACCGUAAAUCACACAUUAAAAACCAAGAACUGCACGAUUCCGAGAAAUUCUUUGUGUUUUUUGUACUUUUGGGUACAAAAAGAAGAGAUUUAUAGUCUGUCACGUGAGGAAAAUUGUAUUUUGCCAGUUACAGAAGCCCGAAAAGACCGUAAACGGCACAAAACGACACGAUGGCUUCGACUUCCGCCGGCCAGAACAACGCGAAAGGUUUCUUUUUUGAUGAUUUAUUGAUUUUUUAGGAGAAGGAUGAGAAAAAAAUGAUGAAAAAUCGAAAAUUUAAAGUUUUCUGAUCAUUUUGAUACCAAAAAUGUCGUAUUUGGAAGUUGUACAAUAUCAUUUUUUUAUGGAUUUAAAGGACAUUUUUUGUAGAAUUUUGAUUUUUUUGAUUUUUUCCAUGAAUAAUCAUAUCGAUUUUUCGCAUUUUUAUCGAUUUUUUGCAUUUUUAUCGAUUAAUUUCUGGAUUUUUAUCGAUUUUUCCAGAAAAUACGGUCGCCACAACCGCACACCAACGCGACAUGAAGCAGUUCACCGAGAGAUUCGUUAA